AUGAAUAAACUGAACCUCAGCGAACAUAGGAAUAAAGACGAGAUCAAGUACCACAUCCACAACAAUACUGAUCUAGCUCCAUCUGUAGUAGUCACUCUCGGAGUAGGACGGGACAUACUCGCUGAGGAGCAGCUCAAGAAACUGCUGCCACAAGGUUCCUUAUUCUUUGGUGCGGAUCCUAUAUACGAAGGAAACGAUCAGCUCUACUCAACUAUCGGAACAUUCCUUCCGGUUGCUGUGAGCAACGAAACUAAGAUGAGUCAGGCGUACGUUUUGAAAAAAGGGAGGUAUGUUUUCCAAACAAUGGUUCACAUUAAUGUAAUUACGUUUCUGGUAAAACUCACGGAGACUCCUUUCAUCGACCAGUUCCUCAUAGACAAUGAAGGUCCUGAAUACGAUAUAAUCCCCAUGAUGGGAGUGAAUGAUGAGUUUGAUAAAAAUGGGCUUGUCGCAUGCCAAAUAAAUGUUGAGUUUCACGCUUACAACAAUUUCCAUGAGCGCUUUGUUUUCGUGCUGAAAAAGUUAUUGGACGAUCGACGGUAUGCAAUAUUGAAAGCUUCUCGUGAAACUCAUUACCGCGUUUUUAUGUUGAAUUUCGAACAUGCGAAAUGUGUUGAAAAGUAUAUUAUGCAUUAUUUUGUUUGA